AUGCCACAGCAGGACACGUGGUCGAAUAUGUUUGUCGGCACAUACACAUACAUACCUGUGAUAAAAAAAGAUCAAUGCUUGGUAUUAAAAAUGACGAGAUUUGUCGUCGAGAUUUGUGGUUCUGCGACAGUUCAAAAUGAGCAUUCUUCGCCCAUUUUGAAUAAACGAUAUUUGACAAAUGCAAAUGCGAUGAUGGUCGACGAUGUCCUCCCAGCUGUCCAUAUCCACGCCCUCCAGUCUUUUAUCUUUCUUCUUGCUUUCCCUAUUCAUACUCUAGACGAGUGGAACCUUAUGAAUCCAGCCGGUACAACUCUUCCUCUCACAGAUCACCAUGACUCUUCCUUGAUAAAAUUAAAGUUAAUCUUAAUUAACUCACCUGCUUGGUCAUUAAUGACUCACCGACCUGGUUACAAACCAGAAUUUCUAAAAUGA